AAUCCCACUCCAUGAACUGAGGGGUGGGGGGGAAAUCGGAGCCGGGAGGUGGCGGGCGGAGAGCUCCGAUCUUCCCCCAAACGCCUGUGCCGCCACCAGCCCUGCUGCGUGGGUCAGGGCUUGAGCGAGGCAACACGUCCUCCCGAGGCCAAAGCACCGGAGAGAGCGAGCCUCCUCCUGUGCCGGAGGUGCAAUCGGGACCCUCGGGCGGAUUGGACGCCCCCAGAGACGCCGGAGACUUGUUGAGACCCAGAGCCGCGCUUCCGUGGUGGUGCCCCCAUGGAGGGGGACGUUAUGGACAAGCUGGAGGACAUGGCGUCGGUGAGGGACUUCGACCCGCUCACGGGGAGCAUCCCCGCCACCAAAGUGGAGCUUACCGUCUCCUGCAGGAAUCUUUUGGAUAAGGAUACAUUCUCCAAGUCUGACCCACUGUGUGUGCUGUAUACUCAGGGCAUAGAGACCAAACAGUGGAGGGAGUUUGGCAGGACUGAAGUCAUUGACAACACCUUGAAUCCUGACUUCGUGCGCAAGUUCAUCCUUGAUUAUUUUUUUGAAGAGAAGCAGAAUUUGCGUUUUGAUCUUUAUGAUGUGGACUCUAAGAGCCCUGAUCUUUCAAAGCAUGAUUUCCUGGGUCAGACAUUCUGCACACUGGGCGAGAUUGUUGGGUCACCAGGAAGCCGCUUGGAGAAGCAUUUGACGAUAGGAGCAUUUACAUUACAUUCUAAAACUGGGAAACCCAUGCCAUCUGUCUCCAAUGGGGGGAUUCCAGGGAAGAAGUGUGGCACCAUCAUCCUGUCAGCUGAGGAACUGGGUAACUGCAGAGAUGUGGCCACAAUGCAGUUCUGUGCCAACAAGCUGGACAAAAAAGAUUUCUUUGGAAAAUCUGACCCCUUCAUGGUGUUCUACAGGAGUAAUGAAGAUGGGACAUUUACCAUCUGCCACAAAACUGAAGUGGUGAAGAACACGCUGAACCCGGUGUGGCAGUCCUUCUCCAUUCCUGUGCGAGCCCUAUGCAAUGGAGACUAUGACAGAACUAUAAAGGUGGAAGUAUAUGACUGGGACCGGGAUGGCAGUCAUGACUUCAUUGGAGAGUUUACCACCAGCUAUCGAGAACUGGCACGAGGACAAAGCCAGUUUAAUGUCUAUGAGGUGGUGAAUCCAAAAAAGAAAAUGAAGAAAAAGAAAUACAUUAACUCAGGAACAGUGACAUUGCUCUCGUUUGCCACAGAAUCAGAGCACACAUUUCUGGACUACAUUAAAGGAGGGACACAGAUCAAUUUUACAGUGGCCAUUGACUUCACAGCAUCCAAUGGCAAUCCUUCUCAGUCUACUUCCCUUCACUACAUGAAUCCAUACCAGCUCAAUGCUUAUGCUAUGGCACUGAAGGCCGUUGGCGAGAUCAUCCAGGACUAUGACAGUGACAAAAUGUUCCCAGCACUUGGGUUUGGAGCCAAAAUUCCACCUGAUGGGCGCGUGUCUCACGAGUUCCCCUUGAAUGGCAACUCUGACAAUCCUCACUGUAGUGGAAUAGAGGGGAUCCUUGAAGCCUAUCACGAGAGCCUCAAGACCGUCCAGCUCUAUGGCCCAACAAACUUUGCGCCGGUGGUUAACCAUGUGGCUAGGUAUGCUGCAGCUGUCCAGGAUGGUUCUCAGUAUUUCAUUUUGCUCAUCAUCACUGAUGGUGUGAUAUCGGACAUGGCCCAGACAAAAGAAGCUAUUGUCAAUGCUGCCAAGCUGCCAAUGUCCAUAAUAAUUGUGGGAGUUGGACAGGCUGAAUUUGAUGCCAUGGUGGAGCUGGAUGGAGAUGACAUUCGAAUCUCAUCCCGUGGGAAGAUUGCUGAACGUGACAUUGUCCAGUUUGUCCCAUUCCGGGAUUACAUUGACCGCACAGGAAACCAUGUCUUGAGUAUGGCCCGGCUGGCUAAAGAUGUCCUCGCUGAGAUCCCAGACCAGUUCAUCUCCUACAUGAAGGGACGCAGCAUCAAACCCAACCCAGCACCACCACCCUACGCCCCCACAGGCCAGACCCUUCAGACCGAGAUCUGAAGAUCAGAAGAGGAAAAGAGCUCUUGGGUCAGGUGCCUGCAAAACACACAUCACUCUCUUGUGUCAGCUAUCAGUUUUCUGUGGCCAGACAUCAGGCAGUGACCAUGCCACCAAAUGGAAAUCCACGGUGUCUUCUUUCCCCCGCCCCCAAUAGUCCACUUUGGGAACUGGUUUAAGCUGUAAUUCUGGCACGCCAAUAUGCAUAAUUGGAAGGAUGUAUCUGCCUUGAGACAUGGCAACCCGGGGAAACGUGGGUGUUCCCCCUGCCUUUCUUUAAGGACAAGCCCGGUCAUUGGCAAGCAUCCCUAUUUCCAUAUGGGUAAGUCACCAGGGUGAGAGGAACCCCCUUUGUCUUGGCAGUCUUUGUAAAGAGACCUACGUCAUUUCAUUCUGUUUAAUGGUUCAUGUGAUGGACCAGCUGUUCCCAAAAUCCUGCAAGUAUCUCUUCCUUCUCUCUCUCUAUCAGGAGUUUCUGAACGAUUUGGGGUUUUUAAAAAUAUCCCAUGCCACCUGAAGUCUUGUGCCUUUGCUCCUUGCUUUGUAAUGGCUCCGUUUACGGGUUGACCUGGCAGGCUGAAUAUUGUGGUCCAUUAAUUGCGUGAUCUUGUCUCUGAUGCUGCUGCUGUUGCUGCUAUUCCUUGUGCAUACUGGCCCCAAAUGGCUUAAUACCCCUUAUUCUUGGUAAAUCUCAUUUGGCAAAUAUUUGUACAAGCCUGAUUUGUUUGUGUACCUGUAUUCAGGCUCUUUUUCAUUUUUGUGAAAUCCAGGUUUUUAGCCAGUUGCUGUCCAGACUUUGACACCUGGAAAGUUCUGUGCAGAGUAUUAUGGAGACAUGAACAUGGGAGUGGGAGUAGAACAUAAGGGCUGGGCAUGGUGGUAGUGUGUUUGUUUUAACCUUGCUGCAGUCCUGUACGUCAGGUUGGUCAGUCAGAUGAAUCCCAUUCCAUUCUCUACUGGAACAGCAGAUAUUGGAACUGCGGAUCAUGGGGCAUUGUGGCAAUGAGGGGAGGGGGGAAGUUAGGUACCUGGAGGCUGAAAAAAAUGGGCAAAACCCAGUAAAAUGGGAGAAAUACUGAAAGAAAGUGCCCUGCUGUGCUCCAUGGGUCUCCAGCCUUCCAAGAAUGCCCCCACACCAAGUCCAAAAGCAGUCAUUUGUCCAUGAAAAAUUGGGGGGGGGAUAUGUUUUUUUAAAACCCAAUUAGCCACAAAAUGGCUCCUACUCCCCAAAUGACAGCAGGAAAUGACCUCAGAGGUCCUCCUUUCUGGACACCACAGAUACAUGGAACUUAACCCUUUGUGUUCCCUGUAUGCCAAGGUCACGUGCCUAUUUUAGGACUCCCACCCCCCACCCAGCAGCCCUUUACUUGUAAAGGGUAAUCCCUGCUGGAUUCCCCUUUACAACUAUGGCCAUCAAGCUGGCUUGACGACCGGACUGGGACCAGGCUUGUUCAAGCCAAACCAAGCCACCCAGGAUGGCUCGGAUCUGUCUUGGAUCUGGCCAGUUCCAUGCACAUCGCUAGGAAGCACGUUGGAUGAUUGCUAAGCAAUUUCCCAGUUCUCUGUCUUCCUCUAAAAUAGAUUUAUCUAGCGUUGGGAGGGGAAAACUAAGACUGAGGUGGUGGCAGGGGCGUAACAAGGCUGGAGUGGGCCCAGAGACAAAAUUUUAAAAUGGGCCCCUCACUGAUAUACACACACACACACACACACACACACACACACACACACACACACUUCACACUAUAUAGUCAUGUGACUUGCCUCUGGGGGAGCCCCUCGAGGCGUGCGGGGCCCCAGGCAGCCGCCUCCCCUUGCCUAAUGGUAGUUACGCCCCUGGGUGGUGGUAGCAUAGUGUGGAGGAAGCAUUUUGGCUUUGUGAUAUCCCCCAGAUUUGAUAUUCUCUAACAUCACCCAACUUGCUCCUGCAACCACCUGUAUGGCUGUGUCUAACGGUGGACAUAGGUCAAACCAUUGGACAGCUAAACAAGAUAGCCCGUGGUAGCCCCAGCAAAACCUAGACUAAUAUCUGAAUUUUCCCCCCUAUGAAAUAAGGGAAGACUUUCUGUUACAAACAGGAGCAAAGGGUUCUUUCAAACCUGCAUUAAGUGCUGUGUGUCAUGUAAUUAUAAGCAGUUAUUUUCUCCAAAUGACUCUCUGACCUACCUGCUUAACAAUCAAGCAAACAAGAAACAAAAUCUAGGCCACAGUCAGAUCUUUUGGUGCCUGGAAUGGAAGAAGAAAAAGCCUAUACCUAUGGGAACAAGAUAUAGGCGUAGUUUACUAUUUACUACUACCCUAACCCCUGCUAACUGCGCAAAGAGGCACUUUUUACCAUGGUGAUUCUCUUUAUUUAGCAGGGGGAGAAUAACUGGCCCUAUCCACCCCCAGCACUGUACUUCCAGUGACUGCUGCUGGUAUGUGUCCUAUGUUUCUUUUUAGAAUGUGAGCCCUUUGGGGACAGGGAGCCAUCUUAUUUGUUUUAUUUCUCUUUGUAAACCGCCCUGAGCCAUUUUUGGAAGGGCAGUAUAAAAAUCGAAAUAAUAAUAAUAAUAAUAAAUAAUACUUCCAAGGCACAUCACCACUGAUAUGUCGAAAUAUACAAAAACACGUAUUAAGCCCUAGUCUCCUUUCACAUUAUUAUUAUAAUAAGUAUUACUAAUUUAUUUAUUAUACCACUUUUUAACGAAAAGCUUUUCAGAGUGGUUUGUGUAGAAAAGAAGGAAGAAAAGAAGACGAUUCUCUGUCCCCAAAUAGCUCACAAUCUAAAAAGAAAUGCAAGGAAGGCAACACCCACUGGGGGGUGCUGUGCUGGGGCUGAACAGAGACAGUCGCUCCCCCCUGCUAAAUAUAAGAGGAGCACUACUACUUUGAAAGGUCUCUUAGCCCAGUUAGCAGGGGAUCAUUUCAGCUACAUUGCAUCCUGGUGGUGCCUGUCAACAUGGCCUUACGAUUUCUGUGCCAUUUAGCAGUUUGCACAGCUACGUGUGAGUGGCAGUCAGAAUGGCUGGCUGGCUCAUAAAUUCUUAAACAGCUAGUCAGCCAACAUCUUUUAAUAUGUUCCAGAGCACCGUGGUGGAUUUCUCUUGUUGCUUUAGGAGUUCCAAAUAUCUUCUGUUUUACCAGUUGAUUCUCACUGCCACUUAACGUCCCUCCCUGAUCCAGAUCCUCUGUUUAAGCUUCAGCUUAAACUCAUCUAGACUUAAACUCUCCAUUUGGAGCCGGAAUUGCUGUGUGGAAUGUGCUGGCCCACAUGGUUCAGUAGCACAGGCUCAGGGUACAAUCCAGAACUAGUCGCGAUAAAUGGGAGCCUCGCUAUUGACUUCCCUUUGAGAUGUGGAUUAUACUCCCAAACUGCACUGCUAAAGCUGCAUUUGGAGGAGAAUUGGGGGCUGAUGCAAAGGAGGCAGAAAAGCAGCAAAAGUCCACUGCCUCCUUUCUUUUGAAGUCUGAAGGACCACACGUUGGCAAAAGCUAAACUUCCCAAGCUCCAAAAGAAGAGAGACAGUGGAUAUACUACUUCUUGGCCUCCUUUGCAUCAGCCUCAGUGUCCCUUCAAAAUCAACAUUCUCUGAAAAGGAAAUAGUGGGAGGCAUAUAUAACACCACUGCCCAGUUCUGAAAGAGCAGAAGUUCUGAGCAGUGUUUGCCCACGCGGGUUUGUGCUCCGUCUCUGUCUGUGCAUUGUUACAUCAUGACAGGUGUAAUUGGGUGCAGCAUAUCUUGCAGUUUUGUGCACCAUGUCUCUGUGCAGUGUAUGUGUUGGGUGGAGCAUGCUGAAGCAGUCCUGCAUCCAGUUAUGUGAGUGUUUUAGCCAGGUGGUAUACACAGGCCCACUUGUGCCCUGCUGUGUAUGAAUGCAGUGUGCCUAGGGUUAGGGUGGCAGACACAGAGAAUGCACUGGGUAUGUCAGGUAUUGGACUCAAGCACACUUAUUGAUUCCCAGGCCCAUAGAUUGGCUCUCAGGUAGUGAUGGAAACAACAGGAAUUCUCCAGGUGACAUGAUUUGAAUGCAUGGAGAAGGGCUGUUCUAUGUACAGUCUACUCCCCAAAUCAACACUUGCCCUAGCUUCUGUUUCUUACAGCUAUCCAGCCUGUUCUUGCCUAACUCAUUUCCCUUCCCCAUUCACAACUAUAUUUAUUUGCAUGGCAAUGACCGUUAUCUAUUUUAUGCUACUGUAUUCUGCAUUAAUUGUCUGCUGUAAUAUGGUUUCUAUUGGAUUGCCUUAAACAGAAAUAAAUGAUUCCUUUUAUUAAAA